AUGAUUAUAUUUUUGAGCGAGUUGCAAAAGGAACAUCUUAGCUUACUGAACCAGCACUCUGUCCAAGUUCUAAUAGAUUUCUGUAAGCUAGCAUUGGACUUUUUGAAUAAUGGAGCCAAUCAGAAGAAAUAUAGUAUCGCUGCAGAAAAACUCGAUGUCUCAUUAACUGCAGUACAAAAUCUGGUUCAUGCUUUAGUGUACCUUAUAGUGGAAGCAUGUAGAUUAAAUCUGACAGAUGCGGACUUGAAGUCUUCUUUGGCUAUAGCGGGCUUCUCUGCUGAGCAACAGGAGGUUUUGGUAAAGUUGUACAACACUAAGAAGGCAGAACUGUCUGAUGCAUUGAACCUUCUGCAGCAGAAGGAUCCCUCAUACCAGGAUCUUUCAUGGAGAUUUGAAAUUCAGGUAGCCUCAAAAAAUUGUAAACAAGAAAUAAAACCAAUGAUAGCUAUGGAUUUUAUGACUAUGAAGCCUAAAAAUUUUGGUCAGUUUGGGGACCAUAAAGAGAGGAUAGAGUAUGAGAAGGAAGAUGAAAAGAGUUUGAAUAACAAACAAAUAAAUUCAAGCAUACAAGAUGCUAAGGCAGCCAGUCAUUGCCAGAAUUCAGUCAACCAUAUUCUGCUGCAAUGUGACAUACCUAAUUUACUGCAUUUAACCAACAAGUUAGAGCAAGCUUUGAAGGAGUCUAAAAGUCAACAUGUGCGAAAAGUACAAAGAUCUAUUUAG